AUGAAGGAACGCCAAACCCAGACUGCUAGUCCUCUAGGCAAAGGUGACGCAGAUGACAAGGAGGAUGGCCCUGUCUCAGAGCAGGUGAAGAAGUCAACCCUGAACCCAAAUGCGAAGGAGUUCAAUCCUUCAAAGACUCUCCUGUCUGUGAACAAGUCAACGAGCACACCCACAUCGCCAGGACCACGCACCCACUCUACACCCUCCAUCCCAGUGAUUACAGGGCAAAGUGGCAUGUACAGCCCACAAUACAUCUCUUACAUCCCACAGAUCCAUAUGGGCCCAGCUGUGCAGGCACCCCAGAUGUACCCUUACCCUGUUUCUAACUCUGUGCCUGGACAGCAGAGCAAAUACAGAGGAGCUAAAGGCUCUCUGCCCCCGCAGCGUUCGGACCAGCAUCAGCCCACCUCAGCCCCUCCCAUUAUGCAGGCAGCGGCAGCUGCAGGGCCCCCUCUGAUGGCUGCCACUCCAUAUUCCUCAUAUAUCUCCUACAACCCCCAACAGUUCACAGGACAGCCAACUAUGAUGCAGCCCAUGGCACACUACCCCUCGCAGCCUGUAUUUGCCCCCAUGCUGCAGAGCAACCCACGUAUGAUGACUUCCGGCAGCCAUCCCCAGGCCAUUGUUUCAUCGUCUACUCCCUAUCCCCAGGCAGAGCAACCUACGCCCCAGGCUCUUUAUGCCACAGUGCAUCAGUCGUAUCCCCACCAUGCCACACAGCUGCAUCCGCAUCAGCCUCAACCAGCUACCACACCCACGGGCAACCAACAGCAAGCGCAACAUGCCGCCCCCAGCCCUGUGCAGCACCAGGCUGGACAGCCACCUCAUUUGGCCAGUGCCCAGCAGCAGCAGAACCUGUACCACACAGCCACACUGACAGCUACGCCACCCUCUAUAACGCCAGGGCCCAGUGCUCAGUCUCCACAGAGCAGUUUCCCCCAGCAAGCAGUCUACGCCAUCCAUGCCCACCAGCAGCUGCAGCACAGCUACGCCAACAUGGCCCACGUCACCCAGGCUCAUGUCCAGACUGGAAUUGCAGCUGCCCCACCACCUCAUCCUGGAGCACAGGUCAUGCUGCUGCACCCCUUGCAGACCCACGGUGGGCCUCCACAGGGAGGUGUGCCCCAGAGUGGUGUGCCCACCCUCUCAGCAUCCACACCCUCCCACUACACUUAUUUAGGGCACCACCAAGUUCAAACUCAUCCCUCCCAGCAGCUUCCAUUCCACCCCCCUGGGAACUGAUGUCCACGCUUCUCCCUGUGACCUGAGACCCUAGCCAGCCUUGGCUCUGUUGCUGGCCCCAAGCCUGGGCCAGCCCUCAUGCCCAUGGCAGAGGCCCCUGGAGGGGCGCAGUCUGGCCCGGUCCAGCCCCCCCCUCGCCAAGCACCUUCCUUUCCGUUGGUUUAGUGAAGCCCACAUGGGGCACUGUCAGCCAGCGGGACGGAGAAAGGCCCCUUCCCCUUGCCUGGAGAAGGGCAGGGUUUCUUUUCUGUUAUUUAUGACUCCAUUCGGGCUCUUAGAGCAAAUGCCACUUUCCCACAUUAACUUGACAAGGACAUGACCAGAUG